GUUUUAUUUUCAUACCCAACCCUUUCCUUCCGGGCUGCCAGCGUCACUGGGUGAAGCAGUGUCUCAAGCUCUACCCCCAGAAACCCAAUGUCUGCAACCUGGACCUGCACAUGGCUCCUGAGAAGACCACUGACCUGUGGGGACAGAGCAAGGAGCAGCUGAGAAGGAAAGGUUCCAGUAAAUGGGAGCCCAGAAGCUUGUUGGAGAAGCUGCGCUGGGUGACCCUUGGUUACCAUUAUAAUUGGGGUACUAAGAAGUACUCAGCAAAUCACAACACUCCUUUCCCCUCAGACCUUGCAUUCCUGUCAGAACAAGUGGCUGCUGCCUGUGGGUUCCGUGGUUUCCAAGCCCAAGCAGGGAUCUUGAACUACUAUCACUUUGACUCUUCUCUGGGAAUUCAUGUGGAUGAGUCUGAACUAGACCAUUCUUGGCCUCUUUUAUCAUUCAGUUUUGGGCAAUCCUCAAUAUUUUUGCUUGGAGGCCUGAAGCGGGAGGAGGCCCCGACAGCAAUGUUCAUGCACAGUGGCGAUAUCAUGGUGAUGUCUGGCUUCAGCCGUCUGCUGUACCAUGCUGUCCCCCGGGUCCUCCCCAACCCUGAAGGGACAGCUUUGCCUUCGUGCCUGGACCAAGCGCUUCCUUCAGACCUUCCUGGUGGCUCAGUCAUUGAGCACAGCUCUGAUGAGGACUGGCAGGUCUGUGCCAAGUACUUGCAGUGUUCCCGCAUUAAUAUGACUAUUCGGCAGGUGCUGGCUGAGGGUCAGAAAUUUCCAGAGGAAUCUGGGACAAACGGGAAGGGCCAAACACCCUCUGCAGACAGUCACCCUCAGGAGAACAGCAGAGCCAAGAGACAUAAACCAGAUACAGACAGCUGA